AAGGAAAGAGCCCGUCCCCAGGGGCCGCACACCGGGGACACACGCUGCGGAAAGUUUAUUCCGGGGGAAAACCUCCCGUGCGUGGAGGUGGGGGGGAGGAGGAAGAUGCCACUUCGGGUGGCACUGCCUCAGCCACGGGGAUGCUGUGCAAAACCACCGGGACCCGACGUCUCUUUUGCUUAAAAAAAAAAAAAAAAAAGUUUAUUCGGGGGCUUGGCGAAGGGCUGAAGAGGAGGCAGAGCAAGAGCAGUAUGCCACCUGGGGCUGGUAGCAGUCAAGCCAGUGACCCCCAGGCUCCCAAAGUUUGUGCGAGUAAGUCUAUUGAAGGACGUGACAGUGGCCUGAUACUCCACAACAUUAAACCGUUAUCCCCCCAGCCAGGCAAGGAGAGGAGCUGGCAGCCCAAACCGUUAGCAAAAGGCUCCUGCAGCCGAGGAGGGAAGCGAGGGGAUUUGGGGCGGGGGCUGGGGCCGCCCGGAUUUGGGGGGAUUAUUAUUUUAUCGCUUUUUUUCCCCUCCCCCCCCCCUUUUUUUUUCCCCUCCGUCUGGACAUCUUCCCCAAAAGGAGGGGGGGGGAAAAAAAUCCCAUUUUCAUCGCAAAAAUUAGCUAGGGCGAGAGCAAAGGGCUGAGCUAAUUGUAGCCUAAUCCUCUGCCCUGGAGGCGUUUGCAAAGCCCUGAGCAAGAAUUCGCUUCUUCUUUCUUUCUUUUUUUUUUUUUCUCCCCCUCUUCUCCCUUCCCUCUGUUAUUUAGAGACGGGAUUAUUGCCUUUCUUCUCAUAACAGCCUUGGCGGUUUCAUUUAAAGGCUUCUCUCUUUUUUCUUUUUUUUUUCCCUUUUUUUUUUUUUUUUGGUGCACACACAAAAUAAACAGAAAGAAACAAAAAAAUAAAUAAAUAAAAGAGAGAGAGAGAGCGAGCGAGACAGGGAGAGAAGCUUUAAAAAUCAUAAUAAUCCCAGCAGGACCGGAGGAGCAAAGCUAGUAAUAAGCAGGGGGGGACACGAGCCCGUCCACACAGCCGCCCGCCGGAGCCCCGAGCAGGAGGGGGCUCGCCGGUCUCUUCCGCGCUCAAGGCUGGGCUCCCCAACUCCACACUCGCCUCCAAGUCGCUUGAGAGAGAGAGGCUGGGUGUUAUUUGUACGUGUGUACAGAGACAAAGGUAAUUGCCACGUCUCUGACAUGCUGACCCUCUGGCUGGGCUGAACCCAAGCGCCCUGGAAAUAAGAGGCAGUGCCAUGAAGCCACGAGAAGGCAAGGAGGGAAGAAGCAUGUCCCGUCUGUCUCUAACACGAUCCCCAGUUUCUCCCCUGGCUGCUCAAGGAAUUCCUCUCCCAGCUCAACUCACCAAAUCCAAUGCUCCUGUGCACAUCGAUGUAGGAGGACAUAUGUACACCAGCAGCCUGGCUACCUUGACAAAGUAUCCAGAUUCCAGAAUAAGUCGUCUGUUUAACGGCACAGAGCCUAUUGUCUUGGACAGUUUAAAACAACAUUAUUUCAUUGAUCGAGAUGGUGAAAUUUUCAGAUAUAUAUUAAGCUUCCUAAGGACAUCUAAAUUGCUACUCCCAGAUGACUUUAAGAAAUCUUGUAAUUUUACCAGCGUGAUUAAAGUGACAGAAGACAACAAUCAAAGGCUGCAAAUGGAAUCGUUUGGUGUUUCUAAAUGCAAAACACUAUUUAAGGACUUUAAUCUUUUAUAUGAAGAAGCAAAGUAUUACCAGCUGCAGCCAAUGAUUAAGGAACUUGAGCGAUGGAAACAAGAGAAAGAACAAAGGAAACAUUUCCAGCCUUGUGACUGCCUGGUUGUAAGAGUGACUCCAGAUCUCGGGGAAAGGAUUGCACUGAGUGGGGAGAAAGCUUUAAUAGAAGAGAUCUUCCCUGAGACUGGGGAUGUCAUGUGCAACUCUGUAAAUGCAGGUUGGAACCAAGACCCGACCCACGUCAUUAGGUUUCCUUUGAAUGGAUACUGCCGGUUGAAUUCAGUGCAGGUGCUUGAAAGAUUAUUUCAGAAGGGAUUUAACGUGGCAGCUUCAUGUGGCGGUGGGGUGGAUUCCUCUCAGUUCAGUGAAUAUGUGCUGUGUCGUGAAGACAGAAGACCACAACCCACCCCAACGAUCAGAAUAAAGCAAGAGCCCCUGGACUAGAACCUCCCCUUUCCUCCUUUGUAACCGUAGAAGUGUUUAAUAGUCCCUCAUGUGAAACACUAAGGAUUUGCAAAACAGUAUUAGCAAACAAAUUUUGACUUUAUGUUGCCAAUUAGUGGUAUUCUCAAACUACCUGUCACCUAGCCAGCCAUGAAAUGCAUUUGAAAAACCAGUUGUUCGUUUUUCAUGAUGAAAUCACUGAGCAUGCUCAGCGUACCAGGCUUUGUGGGAACGUACUUUCAGCCAAGCAGCUGUGAUGUUGACAAAAGCAAAGCUUCACAAAAUACUGACCCUUGAUUGGACUUCUGCAGAAAAGACCUAUUAAAGCAAUUUGAAUACGUCAGCUGAAGAAAUGAAUCUGACAGCUUUCCUGACUGCCUCUCCCAUCAGCGACACAGUAAUGUAGGAUGCAGAGGCCCCCAAAAGGAAGAUGGUACAUUAAAAACUGCACUGAAUAUCUUCCCUGUCUGAAUGCCACACCUGUCAUAUCAAACGUGCUUUCCACCUCCAUAUGUUAUGUUACACUUCUGUGAUUGUACUCAUCCAUGCUAGCAAAUGGCUUAUUUUUAUACAUUUACAACUGAAAUAACUGCACAGAAUCAGAAAGGGACCAAGUCAUAGUCAUCUGGUGCUCAGUAUUUUAAAAGCAAUCGACAAGACUAAUCUUGGCCAAACUUUGCAAAGGUAGGGAUCUGGUAGCACAAGUUAAAGUAAAGCCACUUGACCCUGAACUACAUAAGCCCAGGCCCCUGACACCCUUCUUUUAAAGCCAGUUUUGCUGUCUUUAACUCAGUUUCCAAGUCUUGCAUUAUCAGAGGAGCAGUCAUUCUGCUGAGCAAGUUCUGUUCCUCAUUUCUUCUUCACAUACUAAAUCUGUUUUGUGCCCACGUGCCAGAAGUGAUGUUAAACGUUUUGGAUGCCCUCUGCUCUUCAUGGCUCUGGAAUUUUUACUAUGUGAUGCUAAAACCUUAUUCUUCUCCUUACAAUUGGACAGGAGCAGGCCAGCGUUUGUUUGGAGAUUCUUUUCUACUAAUUUGAAACUACAACUAAAAUACUAUUUCUGUACCUGCUCUCUGCCUGUGUACUUUUCUCUUUAAAGCUGCCCUUUGUCUGUUGGAGGUUACUGUUCCUUUAACGAGUACAGCAUCAAUCUUCUGUCUUAUGCAGCUUCCUUAACUCAGGAGACAGCACCAUGUUUGCAGGUGCAAGUAUAUAAAUAGCAUUCUGCUAAAUCCUGUUUAUUGCUGUUUAGCAUGAUUGGGUCCUCAAUAACUAAUUCACGUGUUAAUCGCAAUUUAGUUUCUCCCACGUUAAUUUAUAGAACACUGUUGUAGACACUGAAUUUUAACUAAACUCUUUUUAGAUGUAUAAGUACAGCCAUAUAGAACAAGGGACAGAGUAUGAAGCAGUCAGCAAUAUUUGACAAUUCUCAGUCUCUAACUCCAAAUGAUUAAUUAGGCAGAAAUCAGGACUUAGAGGUGAAGACUAGAACUUUCAGAAGCGACAAGUGAUUUUGAGGGCCUGAGCUGGAGUCUGUAUCCGGGCCAGAUUUUUGGAUGGUGCUGUGCACCUGGGUCCCUCUGAAUAUCAGCUUCGCAAACCGGACACCUGAAAACACAAGUCUCUUGUGAGGAUCUUAACAUGCUUGCACUGGCCUGCUACCUUAGCAGAACAGUUGCCAGACACUUGGGCAAAUCUGUCUCCUUUAAAGAGUUUUAAAGCUAUUUUAUUUUGUGGUUUUAUACUCGUAUGACACUAAAUAAAAUUGCUAGGUACUGCCAUAUUUGAAUAGAUGGCACGGCAUUCACCUAUGUAAGAUAUCUGUAGAAUUGUAUAUUAUACAUUUAAUAUUGUAAAAAACUUAACGUAUAAUUGUCAUGUAUUUGUGUAUACACAUUUCUUAUACAGUACUUCAUGCCAUAAACAUUUCUGUAAAGUAAAAGAUCAAAAAUAAGCAAGUAGGGUGGAACACUCACUUUCUCUCCCACAUUCUUAAAACAGGUAAGACGGUUUGAUUGCAUCUCCUCUACCUUUUGCUCAGUUCAUUACAGCUAUCCCUUCAAAAGAAGAUUUAUUUAUUAGUUUGCUACAUUUUGUUCAAUUUCAGGUCAAAUUCCCCUUAAAACCAUCAGCGCAGCUUUUUGUUUUAACCACAUACAAGUUAUGCUUACAUCCUGAGCAGGAAUAUUCAGCAUACGCUGUUCUGUUCAUUAAGAGUUAGUUAUUGGAGGGAAGUUCCUACAUAACUCUAUUAUGUUUCAAUAAUACGGGCCCAAUUCUGCUCUCCUCACUCAGGCAAAACUUCCACUCAAAUCAACAGUAGUUAUUGUCUCUGCACAGGAUCUAAUCAUAAGGGCAUUGAUAUUGAGCUCCUCCAGCAAGAUUAAGGUCCCCCUGAUGUGAACUAGAAAUUGAAGGCACUCGUGUCCUUUCCCAAGGAAUGCUUUAGUUGUAUGCAGAGAAUCAUUUGGAGUAUUUGUGGUCAGUUAGUUUGUUUUUCCUCAGUUUGGUGAUCACCAUAUUUUUAUAGCUCAAUAAAGCAGCUCCAGUACUUAUAGCAGUUUGGUAAGGUGGCAGCAUAAAAGGUUCCAGACUGCGCCAAGUGAGUUAAAUGUGAACUUGAGAUGGAAAGUUUGAGCCGUGACAUCACAACAUUAACUGCAAACUAGCAGUGAAGCAAGCAAGACAUGUGGAAACAAUCACUUUGUUAGGAGAAAUAUGCCUUUUUAAAAAGAAAAGUAAAGCUAGGACAUAUUCUUUUAGUUAGUGACUUCAGGUCACUUAUUUAAAGUUUAUUACAGUUUCAUUUAUAUCUUUUGUACGUCUACCCCUAUAUUCUAAAGCAGCAAUAGUAACAAAACAGAUUUGAUUUUUUUAAAUGUCUGACCCAGUGCACCUUCAGCAAGAUCAUUGCUCAGAGUCAUAUAAAACUAUCAAAGUAUCUCCAGUAAAACUGUGGUGUGCAGACAGUGAAUGUUUUUAGUUUGAAGACUAAAAAGUAAACGUGGCUUGUUUUUUAAUUUAAUUUGACUGAACAAAAUUGUUUGGAUUCUCUCUGGCUGAGUACUGAAAUUGUGGUUUUAAGGACUUCAGUCUUCUCUAGCACUUUUAUAUAUACCCUUCUACACCACUGUAUUGCCAAGUUUGACAAAAAAAGUGAAAAAAGAAUGUUAUGUUGCGCUCGUUAGCCAAAUCUGUUUUAAAUACAUUCACUGGGCUGUAUUUAAUAGCUUCAACAUCUGAUGACAACUUUAUCAGAUGUUUGAAAAAGAGUAAGAAUCAGCACAACAGAACAUUAAAUAUUCAAUUUUAGUAUUUCUUUGUGGAUAUUCUGUCCAUAUUUUAUUGCAAAAUGUUUCUGAACAGUGCUUACAAACUACAAGACAAUGUGAAACUGAAAUUCUUGUUUGAUAAAUUAAUACUGUGCGUCACUCAAAUGUGUUACUUUAGUAAAUUGUUUAUUUCUUUACAAAAGAAGUACAAAUAAGGAAGUAUGUUUUCACACAAAUUGGGGUAUUUACGAGUAUGUACAGAAAUCGUCAAAAUAACAUAAUUCUAAUAAACACAAGGUCUUUAUAAACAAUAUGUACAAAUUAUCAGUACAUUUAAAACAUAAUUUUACACUUCCUGGCCUUAAAUACCUUAUGAAUAAUCUUUUGGCUAAAUAGCAGCAGUAUAAAUUUUCUUCUGCUUUUCAUAAACCUUAAAAAAUAAUUAAAACUUUUGUUUUUAAAACUAUUGGACAAAUAGUUCUAUUUGUGCUUUCACUAUUGUUUUCCAUCAAAAAACAAAACAAAAAACCAAAAAUAAUUGCCUCAAAAAGUGGCAAGCAUAAACACAUAGUAAAAAUUAAAAAUAUAAAUAAGCAAAUGUUUCCCUUCCAUGGUUUCAGAUAACACUGUUAUGUCUGAAGCAUAAUUGGUGCCCACCUGCUCACUCCCUACCUUAGCCAAAGCAUACUGAAAAGAUUCACACCAACUUCAACUGGCUUUGGUUUGAGGCCCUUAAAACUCCAAUCCAUCAAAACAUUUCAGCACACGUGCAAUUUUGCAUACAUAAAGUUAUGCACAUACUUCAGUGGUUUUCUGAAUUGGAGUCUUAAGGUCCAACCAUGCAAGGUAAAGUCAACUCUUGUCACUUCAGUGAGGACCCUGACAGUCUUGCAGGAUUGGACCAUUAGGACUGAACACUGUUCCCCGGGCUCCAAUGAGCAGGGCUGGCCCCUUGACAAUAUAUCUUUACUGGGACUUGAAAAAAACAGGUAGCACACUAAAAUCUUUACUGAACAAU